AUGACUUCACUUAUGUCCAGAUGGUCCGGAUUGUCUACCGAACAGCUAGCCAUAGCGACUAUUAUGUCGCAUGUUGCGCAAUUUGAACCACGUGCUCAGAGAAUAGCUUUUACUACUAACUUCACAUCUAGAAAUGACAUGCAGCGUGAAUUAAAGGCUGUGGCUUAUCUGAAACGGUGCAACAAUGAAACUAGUGAUGAUGAGACUGAACCUGAAAGCAAGAGAUUUAAACCUAGAGCCCCAUUGAAGUGUUACAACUGUGAUAAAACGGGCCACCGAGCAGCAGCUUGUCGAAUAAAAAAGGAUGGAAUAAAAGACAGUGGUGCCACUGCUUCGUCGUCAAGCAAUUCCACCAAAACGUCAGGAACUGCUAAAUCUUCAUCUACCCUCACGUGUUACAAAUGUGGACAGCCGGGACACAUCGCUUCACGCUGCGUUUCCUCGGGCUCCAAGGACGGCAGCGCUUCUUCCAGCGCAACAACUGAGCGACGUGUGGACAUGUGCAGUAUCGAGGAGCCUUUUGGAAUUUGA